AAUACACACUAUCGAAACCUGACUAGAUUUUUGCUGAAGAUCUCUCGAGUUCUCGCGGUUGCUUUAAACACGUGACGUCAUCAUCCAGCGUCGGCUUGAACGAAGCGGCUCGUGGAGUUUGCAGGAAGCUUCAGGUUGCUGAAUCAUUUUGAUUGCUGAUAAGAGGAUGGACUCUCUGUAUGGGCCUGUCGCUUUGGGUAUACUGGCAGGUGUAGGCUGUGGGCUCUGCCUCGGAUGGCACCUCAGUGGGCGUUUUGGCAGAUCGUCCCGCAGCAUGAUGGCAGCUUUAGGAAACAGUGCCGGUGCUGGCAGCGAGGCCAGUGUGAUGGGCGAGAGCGGAGAGUUCAAAAUGAUCCUGGUGGUCCGAACUGAUCUGAAGAUGGGCAAAGGUAAAGUGGCAGCCCAGUGCUCCCAUGCCGCUGUGUCCGCCUACAAGCAGGUCCAGCGCAGAAACCCCGAGCUCCUGAAACAGUGGGAGUACUGCGGUCAGCCCAAAGUGGUGGUCAAGGCUCCAGAUGAGGACUGUCUGCUGGAGCUGCUGUCCCACGCCAAAGAGGUCGGACUGCCGGUCAGUUUAAUCCAAGAUGCUGGAAGAACCCAAAUUGCACCAGGGUCUCGUACGGUUCUUGGGGUGGGACCGGGACCAGCUGAUCUUAUUGAUAAAGUGACUGGACACCUUAAAUUGUAUUGAAUAACACUAUUGGAUUAAGAUGGGACUAAAUUCUUAUCAUUUUUAUACAACUAGAAAGAGUGGUGAAGAUUAAUUAAAAGAGUUAAAAUGA